CGUCGCGCGUUGCCGUUCCCUUCGUAGCCGCGACGGGUGUCAUUCGCGCUUCUAAUUAUUUCACCCUCGAGAUCGCGUCGGCCCCACCUCGCGCGCCGUCCACCUCGCCUCGCCCGCCGUGACCAGCCGCCAUGGAGACUCGCGACUUCGCAAAAGUACGGUGAAGCGCGACGAGCGCGGUCGCGCGGCUAAGUUCAAGUGCGUUCCCGCAGUGAAACGAGCGUCUUUUUUUCGAGCGACGCUUCACACGCUUGCGCACGACCGGCCAGUAUAACGACCUUUCGUCGAUCGCGCACAAUUUCGGGUGGCGGGUGCGUAAAGUGACCGCUCCGGGCACCGAUCUGUCUGUAUGAGAUUCGCUCGAGGACAUCCCUCCGUCACGGGGUACCGUCGGCAAGGCUAAAAGGCAAAGCCCAGCCGGAGAAGACCACCGCGGCCGUCGGCAGUAUCCGGCCGAGAAAGAGAGAUCGCCCGGUGAGUUCUCGAAUUCCUGCGACGGGAUAUACGAGGCCCCGGACCUCGACAGUGUGUUUCGUGUGACAGUGACGGUUCUGGUUUUGUUUGCCUUUCGAGUAUCUGUGCGAUGUGCUUCGGUCCAGCCGUUCUCCGCAUCCAGUGUCUCGCGUAGUCGGAGCUCGGAACCUCACGAUGGAGUGCCGCAAGGGUCGACGGAAAGGAGCACCGAUCCUCGGCGGGCUGCUGCUUGCAUGGCUCUUAACCAACGGCCGCGCCGUCGUCGCGCGAAAUAUGGAGAGGUACGACACCGCGUACGCGUGCGAGGGCAAGACGCUGGAGAUCGAGUGCGGCGAGGGGAAGCUGAUCCACCUGAUACGGGCGAACUACGGCAGGUUCUCAAUCACGAUAUGCAACGAGCACGGGAACACCGACUGGAGCGUCAACUGCAUGUCGCCCAAGUCGUUCCGCGUGCUGAACAGCGAGUGCAAUGACCAGCAAAACUGCAGCAUCGUUGCGUCCACGUUGCAAUUCGGCGAUCCUUGCCCGAACACACACAAAUACCUCGAAGCGCAUUAUCGAUGCGUAUCCGCAGCCACCACCACGACGACGUCCCGGCCGAGUCCACCGUGGUUCAUAACUUCGCAGCCGAGUGUCUGGAGCACCGCUAAGCCGACCGUCAGGCCUCCCUCGAGGAUUACGACACCGGCGGCGCAGCAGCCGCCCCAGCAGCCACCAGCGCCGUCCACUCCAACGUUGCCUAUAACGACACCGGCGAGCCCCACGUCGACGAGGCCCUUCGCCGAAAUCGAGGUCGACGAGCAGGACCAGGGCUUAAUACCUCCCGCGAACGGUUCACCGGCGAAUGGUCCGGCGAUACCGCCGAUUAUACCUGAGACCACUCAAGCCACGACAACGUCCACCUUCUCUCCAUGGAGAACCAGUCGAAGGACCACCGUACCCAGCACACUGUACCCGGAGUCCAGCUCGAACGGCCAGUGGUACGACUACGGCAGACAGGUGUGCCCCCCGGUGGUGGCUAGGAACCUGUCGUGGAACACGACCAGGGCCGGCGACAUCGCCGUGCAGAGCUGCCCGGGCGGCGCGAACGGUCUGGCCAGGUGGCGGUGUCUGGUGCGCGACGACACCGCCUUCUGGCACCUCGACAGUCCGGACCUGAGCGAGUGCCGGUCCGUUUGGCUGACCACCCUGGAGAACCGCGUGAGCGAGGGCGACGUGAUCCUCGGCAUCAGCCGGGAGCUCUCGCAGGUGACGAACAACAGCCGCGGCCUGUACGGCGGCGACAUGAUGAUCACCGCGAAGAUCAUCAAGAACAUGGCCGAAAAGAUGGCCCUGGACAUCAGGACGUAUCAGGAUCCGAAUCAGAGAGAGGUGAGCGUCACCGAGCUGCUGCAGGGCGUCGUGAGGACCAGCAGCAAUCUUCUCGACAAGUCGCAAAUGGCGUCCUGGAAGGAUCUCGAUCACAAGGAUCAGAUGAGAGUCGCCACGUCGCUGCUGAUCGGCCUCGAGGAGAACGCCUUCCUAUUGGCGGACACGCUUAUGCACGAGAAGACCAUCAAGCACGAGGACAAAAACAUCUUGAUGGAAGUUCGCGUACUGGACGCGCGCAACAUCGACAACGAGCUGGAAGUUUUCCCGAGCGAGGCCGCCCUGCAGAAGUGGACCGUCUCGAACGAUCGCGUAGAACUUACCAGGGCCGCUCUGCUGGACAACAGCCAGUCCGGCAUCGUACGGCUGGUCUUCAUGGCCUUUGACAGGCUCGAGGAGAUACUGCAGCCGCAAGCGGAACCGCCGUCCGUCGUCACGAACGGCAAUUCCCAGCAGCGUAGGAACGCCACCAGGCUCCUCAACAGCAAAGUUAUCUCGGCAUCUUUGGGAAAAGGCCGACACAUACAACUCUCGGAGCCCGUCCGAGUGUAUUUCAGACACCUGGCGGUCGAGAACGUCACCAACCCUACUUGCGUCUUCUGGGAUUACAUCUUGAGCGCCUGGUCGGAGGAGGGAUGCCACAUACAGAAGACCAACGAGACUCACACCGUGUGCGAGUGCAAUCACCUGACGAACUUCGCCGUGCUGAUGGAUGUGCACGCCGUCAGGUUGGACAUCGCUCAUCAGGUCGCGCUGCAGAUCAUCACGUACAUAGGCUGCAUCAUUUCCGUCGUCUGCCUGAUCCUGGCCAUUCUCACGUUUCAAUUAUUUCGCGGGCUGAAGUCGGACAGAACGACGAUCCACAAGAACCUCUGCGUGUGCCUGCUGAUAGCCGAGGUACUCUUCGUCUGCGGGAUCGGCCAGACGAACCAGAGGGUCGUCUGCGGCAUCGUCGCCGGCUUGCUGCACUUCUUCUUUUUGUGCGCGUUCGCCUGGAUGUUCCUCGAAGGAUUCCAAUUAUACGUGAUGCUGAUUGAGGUUUUCGAGGCGGAAAAAUCUCGGCUCCGAUGGUACUAUCUGGUUGCAUAUGGCGCACCGCUGUUGGUGGUUGGAAUUUCGUGCAUAAUCGAUCCACUCAGCUACGGUACCGAUCAGUACUGCUGGCUACGGGCGGAUAAUUAUUUCAUCUUCAGCUUCGUUGGGCCCGUGUUACUCGUUAUACUGGCGAAUCUGGUGUUUCUGACGAUGGCGAUCUACAUGAUGUGCCGGCACACAAACACCACCGUGGCGAUGAAGAGCAAGGAGCACUCCCGCUUAGCUAGCGCAAAUGGAAAGGAAGAGAAUGCUCUUCCCAACAAAUUGCAAGCGCACUUGGCCUGGCUGCGGGGCGCUAUCGUGCUGGUGUUUCUACUAGGUCUGACCUGGACGUUCGGGCUCCUCUACUUGAACCAGGAGUCCGUCGUGAUGGCGUACAUCUUCACCGUAUUGAAUAGUCUCCAGGGGCUGUUUAUCUUUGUGUUCCAUUGCGUACAGAACGAGAAGGUGAGGAAGGAGUACCGGAAGUUCGUCCGCCGCCACUCCUGGCUGCCGAAGUGCCUGAGAUGCUCGAAGACGGUGACGGGCGGCUCGGCCGGCUCCACCGGCGGCAGCGGCGGCGCCGGCGGCGCCAACGGCGGCAAGGACUUCGCCUCGCACAACACCUCGUCGAACCCGUCGGCCCCGACGACCGACAGCUCCGGAUUGUCGCCCCACGCGGCCAGCAACGCCAACCAUUACUUGGUAUCCGGUCGAAGCUGGGCGAUAGUCGAUAGGCAGCCGGCAGUAACGGUGCCAGGUGAACCCUCCUCGACCGAGACUCACAUCGUGGCCACCCUGCCGUACGCACGUCACGCCUUCUUACCCUCAGCUCCCAAUAUCCCCAAAUCUGCCACCGCCACUUGGGGCCACCUUAACAAAAACCUCAUGUGGAAGAACAUUUCUUUUAAGUCCUACUCCCGCGACUCCGGACACGGCGGCUCCGAGCAGGAAGACUCCCCGCGGACGCACAACACCCUGACGCUCGGCCACUCGGGAAGGCGACGCGGGCCGAACGACGCCGGCGAGAUGAACAGCACCGGCAACAGGACGACCGGCGGCAGGCGCGCCGCGAUGCCGUACAAUCACACGUACACCGAGAUCGUGGACGGUCGCGGCGGCAACGGCGCCGGGCAUCACCAGCUGCACGCUCACCACGGUCAACACGUGCACCUGCCUCGCGGCCUCGCCAACGAGGACGACCCGGUGUACGAGGAGAUCGAGCGGGGAAGCGGCGUCGCAGGGCCAGGCAUCAUCGCCGGCGGUAUCGGCGGCGUCGUCGGCGCCGGCGAGAUUCAGGUGUCCGACAUGUCGGACGAGGACGGCCGGCGGCAGAGCGACAUGAGCAGGCAGUCCUCCAGGAGCUACGGCGACCAUCGGCCGCUGAUACCGUACUCGCCCGCCGCCGACCGCAACCUGCCGCAUUACGGCCAGCCGAUGGCGGAGCGCGGCAACGGGGGGGUGGCCGCCGGUAACCUCGCGCACUACGACGCGACGGAGUACGGGCCGACGGUGGAACGGACCCUGAACGCCUGUUGGGAGAAGCUGCGCCGGCAGCAGGCCAGGUACGAGCUCGGCGACCUGCCGCGGCUACCGGCGGCGUACGGCAUGCCGCCGCAGCAGGACCACACGCGGACGGUGGCCGUGUUGGACGGUCACACCGUCGUCUGCCACCUGCAGCCGCAGACGGACAUGUACACGGGUCGCGGUAUGCCGCCGCCGUCCUACAGCGAGUGUUAGGUCCGCCCGAUUCCACGACUCGACUGGCCCGGGGCAGAGGGAAGGAAAGGGAGGGAGAGAGAGGGAUUCUCCUUUCCCCCCCCGACGACGCGGACGUUCUUCCGGCGCGGCGGAUUCGCGCGCGACCGGACGGCUCGUCCUGUCUCCGGGAAUUACGCUGGUGACGGUUGUGGGGGGGGUGACGGUGGUGACGGUGACGUGAAGAUACGACGAUUCGUUCCUGAGAAGAAGCGCGUGCUUAGUCGCGGCGAUUAGCCCGCCCCGCUCCCCCUUCUCGUUAAGCUCGGGGGCUUGUGCGAAAGGGGCGUUAGGUCUCCUGCGGGAGGCGGACGUGUGUUGCCGCUUUUUAGCUCAAGCGUGUACCGUAAGCGCGACGGUGUGUGUCGUUCGCCGAGGUUCGCGCGCGGAGGAAGGUUCGUCGCGCGUUUUAGCCAUAAAUCGAUUCGUAUCGCGAGCGUUCUGCCGGAAGCGCGCCGCCCUUCGGCUGGCAUCCGUUCGGAUUCGGUCGGACGUCUCCUCGCGAUCAGCAGUGAGACAGAGCAGCUGCUGAAGAACAAGGAUGAGAGAGAGUGUGUGUGUGUGUAUGCGCAUGUGUGCGUAUGUGCGUGUGUGUGAUUGAAACGGACGUCCAACUAGACUGCCACGUCGUCCAACGGACGUCCGCGUCUCUCUUAGGAUACACCUGAAUGUGCAUGCGUGCGAAUGCGUGAGAAAAUCGCCGCGACGCGGACUCUGUAUAACAGAAUUGUAGCGGACCUCUCGUUUAGGCUAAGUCGACGACGACGAUGUGUGCCCGUUCGUGGCCGGGCGUUUGGAAUUGGCGAAUCGAAUGCAAAGACCAGAACGUGACGAGUCCUCAUUGACGGGAGCUUUCCGGAAUCCGCACCCACGCGAGAAUCGGCUUCGAAGGUUUCGAGAAAACGAAAGCAAAAAAGGAAUCACGAAAGGAAAAUUUAUCUUCCGAGUGCAAUCGCGCGUGAUCACGCCACUUUGGCGGGCUUCGCACGAGUGUAAUGAACCAAAGUUUUAUCAUGAUAUAUUGAGAACGUGGCUCGUGGAAAUUUUUGCGAAAUAUUUGUUGCUAUUAUUUUUUUUUAUGCGAAUAUAUAUCGUAUGAGUAAUACAGUUUGCAAAAAUGACUUUGCGUCAAAAGUUGCGCCGAACGACAUAAAAUAUUCGGUUCCGAGAGAUUCAUCCCAACGAUUUUUUUCAAAUCAAUUAACUUUUUAUUUAAAGAUUUGUUUUAAUAAUAUAAUUAAAUUUUACUCCCUCUCUCUCUCUCCCUCUCUUUCUAUGAAUAUUAUAACUUUUUAUUCAUAUAUUUUCUAAAUCAAAACAUAAUGUUCACUCGUUUGUACAACACGAUUUGCACAUUUUUCUCAAUGAAGUUAAAAACGUCUGAUAUGGUAAUGAUUGCGAGCCACUGCUAACGGGCUUGCAUAGUAAUUGAUUACGAUAUAAAUCGAAUGACAAUAGACGGUAUAUAUAGUGGUCUUUAUUUCCUCUUACUGAACAGCAAAGUAAAAUUAUAAUAACAAUGCUCAUAUCUUUUUCUGAAACUUUCGUUGCAGUUAUCAGAUGUCUCGUAUACUACCACUUCGUGCAAGCUCAUGAAUAAUGGCUCGCAAUUGUGACCAUUUGAUGCCUCUUAACACUUCGUCGAAAAGAAAAACAUACGCAAACCAUAUUGUGCAAACGAGUAUACGUAGACCAACCCUCAAUUCUUUACACACGAUGUUUUGUCAUUUUAGACUUUCCCGUAAUAAGUACAUGAUGAGCUUUAGAAGGAUAGAACUUCAUGUGUAAAGACUUCAGUGCCGGCCUGUGCAUACAUGUUUACCUCAUAUCUUCCUUCUUUCUCGCACGAGUGUAUGCGGAAGGUGUAAAAAUAAUUUUAGACGUUGGAAGUAUUUAUUUUCUAACUCUCUGUUUUUAUAUAUGCACGGAUAUAUAUACAUACUGAUUUCAUUUUCUCAUAAAAUUCGCGUGUCUCCGAGAUUUGAAAUUCUAGAAGAAAAAUCACCAAGUCCCGGCGGGGCCGAAGCGCUUUCGAGUUAAUGCGCUCUGUCUCGUUUCCCACGAAUCACUUGGAUCGGUAUAUUUUCUACGGCGAGAGAACCACCAGAAGGACACAUGGAAACCCAUUCUCGUGCGCGACGGACUUCGGAAGAGGGAAAAAUCGCGCGAACACCCGUCGAUACCUCGGCGCGUCCGGCCCUUUCCAGACCCGCGGCCGCACGAUCGUGAUAGGUCGAGGGAGAGGAAUGGAUUACGAGACUCGACAGGACCGCGUGUCGCGAGCCGGUAUUCAGUGCGACGAUAAGUGGCGGAUUCAACGGCGGUUCGGCUGUCAAACGCGCGUCCCUGGUGAUAUUAGGUGUCGCGUUGGCAUUAAACGCGGUUCGCCGAGGGCGAGUAAAUUGCAAUCGCGCUACCCGACCGCGCGUCGACGUCGGCGCGAUCACGCGAGCGGCGGGCGAACGUGCGUUUAACGCAACCGCUCGAUCCCGCGUUCGACGCGACACGCCGAUGUGACGGCCGAAUCGCGGCUUACCGCUUCUCAUCGGUGUCGCUUCUCCGGCGUACCCGCGAGUAUUCGGCGGUGCAAAGCUUUCCAGGCGUGGACCGGGUCGGCGUGACCUCGCCCAACUUAGAAAACACAGGUGUUGUAACAUAGAUAUCUAGACAUAUCGCCACCGGCCGAGUAUGACACGAGUCGCCGACGACACGCCAAUGAUCGUCGAGGAAGUCGUCGAGGAUCGAUGUGGGCCCGGAACGCGAUCUUUACGCGGGAUCGACGACGGCUCGAUGAAGGAAUCGGUAUCGUGCGAUUUGUAACGAGACCGCCGCUCGGCGACGCUCAACUUCGCGCAAUGAGGAAGAAAAGGAGCGCUCGGAGUCGUCCGAUGUCUGAGAAUUUUGUCGAUGACGACGACGGUUUUUUUUGUUUUUUUUUUUUUUAUAUUUGUAUAAACGGGGGAUAUCUUUUUAUUUUUUCUGACGCGAAGUUACCUUCAGCCGGAGCGGUCUCGUCGCGGGUCGCGGUAUUCGUCGCUUCAGCUCAACGCCUCCCGAUGAACGACGUGUAGUUGGUUAUGAAUGUUACGCAACUUUUACGCGAAAGACAUGUAUUUAAUAGUUUUCAAUAUCGGAUUAUAUAAGAUCGGCUUUGAAACGUGCAUAUCGAGGUAAGAUUCGGCACAUUACGCUUCGUUAUGUCCUUUCGCGCUUUCUGACAACAGUAUUUAUUUUAUGUCCAACAUAUUAUUACUCAUCGUUUUCCACUUGACAGAUCGGAAAAGUGCUCGACGGCGGUAUGUCGACAUUGGCAUUUUUUUUAACAACUCGAGGAAAUUUCACGAAACUUGCCCUUAAGGAAUUAUCAGUGCCGAUAUUUCGUACUUCGUUCAUUCGCUGCGGGAAUACUUUCUUUAAAGAAUAGAAUGUCAAGAAAAGUCUCGAUUAGAACAAAUUGCAAUUAUCCGGUUACACGAUCGCCGUUGCGUUAUUCUUUUUAUCUACUUAUCCUAAAGUAACUACCUCCUCGUAGUGUGGCCGGUUCUGCGCAAAGCUUCGUCCUAACACUCGCUGCGCGCUCCUCGUGCGUGCGCGCUCGCGCGCGCGAGCCUUCACCACCGAUUCGUGUGUUUCGACGAGCGAGAGAAGUAACGAGCGCGUUCUCGCCCCGUUGGCCGGAAAUUGGAUUUCCUCCCGUACGGGAAGAACAAAGAAGAAAUCGAGGGGCAAUGGUUGAAGCGCCUUUAUCAGUCGCGUACUACGGUAGCUCCUCGUCGCGCGCCGCUUUGGAACGUUACGUUUUAGUCCCAGAACGUUAUUUUUAUAAAUAAAAAAAAUAAAUAUAUAUAUAUGUAUGUAUAUGUAUGUAUACAGUAACAAUAUAUUAU